AGGUGAAGUAUCAAGAGAGCAUGGCUCACCUGGGUGAACGUAAAUGGACUCACGUGUUCCCUUUCCUGAUGGUGUCCCUGGUGUACUCUGCCAGUGCCGAAUACUCCAACUGCGGGGAGAACGAGUACUACAACCAGACCACGGGCAUGUGCCACGACUGCCCCAAGUGCGAGCCGGGAGAAGAACCUUACAUGACAUGUGGAUAUGGCACCAAAGAUGAGGACUAUGGCUGCAUCCCCUGCCCUUCAGAGAAGUUUUCCAAAGGAGGUUACCAGAUAUGCAGGCGGCACAAGGACUGCGAGGGGUUUUUUCGAGCCACAGUCAUGACACCUGGGGAUCAGGAGAAUGAUGCAGAGUGUGGUCCCUGUCUCCCAGGUUACUACAUGCUGGAAAACAGACCUCGGAACAUCUACGGCAUGGUUUGCUACUCGUGCUUGCUGGCACCUCCCAACACCAAGGAAUGUGCAGGCACUAACUCUGGCAUUUCAGCCAUUUUCCCAAGCACCUCUGGCACAAGCACUUUCUCACCUUACCAGCAUGCUCACAAAGAUCUUUCAGGACAAGGACACCUGGCUACAGCUCUUAUAAUUGCUAUGUCUACUAUCUUCAUAAUGGCUAUUGCCAUUGUCCUCAUCAUCAUGUUUUACAUUGUAAAAACAAAGCCAUCUGCUCAAGCCUGUUGCAAGAGCCACUCAGUAAAAAAUGUCGAAGCUCAGGCUAACACACAAGAAGAGAAGAAAGAAGUGCAAGAUAAUGUUGUGAUAUUCUCUGAGAAAGAAGAGUUUGAAAAACUUACAGCAACUCCAGCUAAGGCUGUCAAAAGUGAGAAUGAUGCCUCUUCUGAGAAUGAGCGACUUUUAAGCCGGAGUAUGGAUAGUGAUGAAGAAGCUGCAGUUGACAAGCAAGGGACUCCAGAGAGAUGCUUGCUAUCUUUAGUGCAUCUGGCCAGAGAUAAAUCUUCUACAAGCAAUAAGUCAACUGGGAUUCAAAGUCGAAGGAAAAAGAUACUUGACGUGUAUGCUAACGUAUGUGACGUGGCAGAAGGUCUGAGCCCUACAGAGCUGCCAUUUGACUGCCUGGAGAAGACCAGCCGAAUGCUCAGCUCCACCUACAACACAGAGAAAGCCAUCGUGAAAACGUGGCGUCACCUGGCCGAGAGCUUUGGGCUGAAGAGGGAUGAGAUUGGCGGGAUGACAGACGGCAUGCAGCUGUUCGACCGCAUCAGCACGGCGGGCUACAGCAUCCCAGAACUGCUCACCAAACUGGUGCAAAUCGAGCGACUGGAUGCUGUUGAAUCCCUGUGUGCAGACAUUCUGGAGUGGGCACAAGCAAUGCCAGCCCCUGAACCAGCAGGGACAUCCUGACAUGCCUGCCUGGGCACAUCAGAAGUG